AUGCUAGUCCAAAAACAGAACGGUGUGAAAAGGGUCAUCAGUUAUGCCAGUCGAAGCCUAUCUCGAGUGGAGCGCCGAUAUUCACAAACGGAGAAGGAAGCUUUAGGGAUUGUGUGGUUAUGCGAGAGAUUUCAUGCUUAUGUGUAUGGUAUACACUUUGAAAUCGCCACCGAUCACAAACCGCUCCUGUACAUUUAUGCGCCAAAAUCCAAACCUUGUGCUAGAGUAGAAAGAUGGGUUCUGAGACUCCAGUCUUAUGAUUUCACCAUAAAGCACAUCCCUGGAAAACAGAUGGUGGCUGAUGCGCUGUCCAGACUCAUUGGUGAGUCUAAGCUUGAACAGACUGAUGAAGCAGAACAAUUUGUGCGUUUCAUUGCGCAGGAGGCUACUCCUAUAGCCCUCAAAAUUCGUGAUAUUGAGCGCGAAUCCGCCGCUGACGAAAAACUUUCAGUUGUCCGUGAUUGUGUUGAAUCAGGUCACUGGGAGAAUUGCCCAGCUGAGUUUAAACCGGUUAGGAAUGAACUGUGUGUCGUUGGCAAGCUCGUGCUGCGUGGCUGGAGACUUGUUAUCCCUGAAUCAUUGAGGAAACAAACUGUAGAUUUAGGACACGAAGGCCACCAGGGUAUUGUGAAAACUAAGGAGAGACUCAGGUCCAAAGUAUGGUGGCCCGGCAUUGAUCGUGACGCAGAUAGAAAAUGUCGCACGUGUCAUGGGUGUCAGCUAGUCGGACGAGCUGAAAAACCAGAACCUCCAAAGCGCUUUGAUCUGCCAAGUUCAGCUUGGCAAGAUACCGCCUUAGACUUACUAGGUCCAAUGCCUGAUGGAGAGUACAUUGUGGCAAUAGUGGAUUACUACAGCCGGUUCUUUGAAAUAGACAUUGUAAAGACAAUAACCUCAGCAAAAAUGAUCGAGUGCUUGGAACCGAUAUUCACCCGUUAUGGAUAUCCAGAGUUGCUGAAAACCGAUAAUGGGGCACAACUCAUUUCUGCUGAAUUCGAGUCAUACCUUCGCGAAAAUGGUAUUGAGCAUAGAACCAGUACUCCAUUGUGGCCUCAGGCAAAUGGAGAAAUUGAGAAACAGAAUAGGACAAUGCUAAAAGCUAUGAGAAUAGCACAUGCCGAAGGGAAAGACUGGGUGAAAGAACUGAACAGACUACUUCUUGCGUAUAGGACAACGCCACACUCAACUACUGGGGUCACACCCGCAAAACUAAUGUUCGGUCGCGAAAUACGAUCAAAAGUGCCGCAAUACUCUGAAAGCAGUUACCAGCGUGAACUAGCAGCCCGAGAUCGCGAUGCAGAGUUAAAACAAAAGGGAAAAGACUAUGCGGACAAUCGUAGAAAUGCGCGUGAAUGUGAAAUAUUAGUUGAUGAAAAAGUUCUCAUGCAACAACAAAAGAAGGGCAAACUGUCAACUAGAUUUGCUGAGAAGCCAUGUGUUGUCGUGCAGAAAUACGGGAACGAGGUUACUGUCCGAUCCGACAAAGGAAAAAUCUACAAGAGGAACACGGCGCAGUUGAAAAAGUUUCAUGAACAAAACGUGGAACCUGAGAAGGACGUUAGUCAGGAACAACCCAUUACUGUAGAUAUUGAACAGGAUGCGCUGUCAGAUUGUGACUCUAAUGAUGACUCAGUGCCGCAAGAGUCAACGGUUAAAUUGCCGAAUGUGCGCAGGUCAGGUAGGGUACGCCGCCCACCAGCUCAUUUUAGUGACUAUGAAUUGGGCUAA